AUGGACGUAUCAAGCAAAGAUGACAGCGACUACCGAAUCGUCCUACAAAACAAAAUCCGCUACCUCACAAUCCGACCCGGGACAUUCAACCGCUCAACCCUAUCAACACCUCUCAGCUCACUACCCAACCUCCCAGGAGACGAUACCUGGAACUGCGCACUCAUCAACCGAGACCCAUCCAACCAUCAACUCACCAUCGAACUACAGAACCGGAGCCUUGUUGGCAUAACAGACAUCUGGCAUCCGUUGCAGAUUGACUGUCUUCAGCUAAGAAGGACAAGACAGCUUACAGCUACUGCAUUUGAAGCGACUUACUGCGGCAGCGAGCUACCAAGCAGUACUACAUUGGAAAAGAACACAACAAUCAUCGUCAAAAUUGCCCGAUUCGAGUGGGAAAUACCCCGUCUAUCGCGGGAGACUUCUAUAUAUAAGCAGUUACAGAGGAUCUCUGAUCUUGCUCCGCGCUUUCUGGGUCAUGUGCAUGAGCAUGGGCGUGUUAUUGGGUUUAUACUUGAAAAGAUUGAGGGGCGAGAAGCGGGGAUUGAGGAUCUUGUGGGAUGUCAAGCUGUGUUAAAGCGUCUGCAUGGUAUUGGUAUUGUCCAUGGCGAUGUUAAUAGGUAUAACUUUGUUGUUCGAGGUGAUAAUACGGUGAGGUUGAUUGACUUUGAGAGUAGUUGGCUAGAUAAGGGUGCGAUUGCGGUUAUGCGUGCUGAGAUGGAGAGUCUAGGUGAGCAGUUAGUGGAGGGGACAGGACGGGGUGCUGGUUUUAUUUCGUCGAAUUAG